CCCAAUCGAACGAGAGGGGCAAAGCCACCAGUCCUGUCCAGUGGCCGGCGAGUCGUCGGAGCGGACACGCCUGAACUGAACCCUCCUCCAUUCCCGACUCGUCUCGGUACUUUCGCCUCCCGGCCCCGUCUCUUUCUCCGCCGCGCGAGCACAUCCCCGGCGGCGCACGAUGGCGGCGGUGGCUCGGGCUCCGCCGGGGGCCGCGCCGCGGGUGGGGCUGCUGUACGACGAGCGGAUGUGCGCGCACGCGACGCCGGACGGGGAGGAGCACCCGGAGAACCCCGAGCGGCUGCGCGCCAUCUGGCGCAAGCUCAACGCCGAGGGCGUCGCCUCCAGGUGUGUGGUCUUUAAGGCCAAGGAAGCGGAGGACAAGUAUAUAGCUUCUGUUCAUAGCCAGAACCAUAUAAAACUGAUGCGAGAUAUCAGCUCGAAAAAAUAUGAUUCCAGCAGAAACAAGAUUGCUAGGAAAUUCAAUUCCAUUUACUUCAACAAGGGUUCCUCAGAGUCUGCAAUUCUUGCAGCUGGUUCUGUCAUAGAGGUAGCUGAGAAGGUCGCUUCUGGCGAGUUAAGUUCUGCUAUUGCUCUAGUCAGACCUCCAGGCCACCAUGCAGAGCAUGAUGAGGCAAUGGGAUUUUGUCUCUUCAACAAUGUGGCAAUUGCGGCUAAUUAUCUCUUAAAUGAGAGGCCUGAUUUAGGUAUCAAGAAGAUAUUGAUUGUCGAUUGGGAUGUUCACCAUGGAAAUGGCACACAGAAAAUGUUCUAUAAUGACCCUCGUGUAUUGUUCUUUUCAGUUCACAGAUUUGAUUAUGGAAGCUUCUAUCCUGCUGAAGGUGAUGCUUCUCACUGUUUCAUUGGGGAGGAAGCUGGUAAAGGGUAUAACAUUAACGUGCCCUGGGAGCAUGGGAAGUGUGGUGAUGCAGAUUAUAUUGCUGCAUGGGACCACGUACUGCUUCCUGUCACUGAAGUUUUUGAUCCCGAUAUAAUACUGGUUUCUGCUGGGUUCGAUGCAGCAUUGGGUGAUCCUCUCGGUGGUUGCUGCAUCACUCCAAAUGGAUAUGCUCAGCUAUUAACAAAGCUGUUAGGAUUUGCUCAUGGAAGGAUAGUGAUGGCUCUUGAGGGAGGUUAUAACCAGGUCAUAGCAAAUUCAUUUUUUGCUUGUGCCAAAGUCUUGUUGGGAGAUAAAUUCACAUUCAACUCUCCAGAGAUGCAGCCAUUUGAAUCUACAUGGAGAGUUAUACAAGCGGUACGCGAUGAAUUGAAGACAUGCUGGCCUGUUUUGAGUAGUAAGCUGCCAGAGAAAGUAUUAUUGAGGAGUAGGCCCUCACCAAGUGAGCUCUACGCUUCCUCUGGCUCCGAGUCUGACGUUGAAGAUGUUGCUGAUCUCUCUGGUGCUGCUUCAUCUGUCAAUGUUAUUCAAGUUGAUGAUGCUGUAAGCGAACACCUCUCAAAAAUGAAACUUGAUGAAGACAACAUGGCAACGAAGACCACCUCAAAUUGCACAACAGCAGAACAAAGUCCAACUGAUUCAGUUGAAGCACAUAAUGAUGCAUCUGUGGUGGUGUCCAAAAGAAUCUCUGAUCUAUCUUUUACUUGGCGAUCAGUUUUAUCAAGAACUUAUGUUUGGUAUGCCAGCUUUGGCUCAAACAUGUGGAAGCCAAGGUUUCUGUGCUACAUUCAAGGGGGAAAGGCUGAGGGUAUGUGCAUGCCAUGUUGUGGAUCACAUGACACAAGCUCACCAAGAGGAACCAUGUGGAAGACCGUGCCUCACAGAUUGCUUUUCGGGAGAUCCUCUACUCCCUGUUGGGGAACUGGUGGUGCUGCUUUUAUCAACCCUGAGAUAAACUGCAAUGAGAAGUCUUAUGUCUGCAUGUAUAAAAUAACGCUUGAGCAAUUCAAUGAUAUCUUGUUUCAAGAGAACCGUUUAGUGCCGGAGAGUGGCAAAGAUGGAAAUGUCGAGUAUCCUGACUCUCCUUUGAUUGGUUCAACUGAAAUGGAGUUUAUGUCUACAAACAAAGCUCUUCAUCUUCAACCUAUUAAGGAUAGCUGGUACUCCAAUGUACUUUAUCUUGGAAAGGAGGAUGACCUUCCAAUUCUAACUAUGACGUGCCCUUCGUCAGAUAUUGAGCGGUUCAAAUCUGGUGAGCUACCAUUAGCACCUCCAUCGAAGACCUACGCCGCCACUCUGAUAAGGGGCCUUGUGGAAGGGAAGCAGCUAGAUGAAGUCGAAGCCGCCAACUACAUCGAUUCUGCUGCUGCAAGAGGCUUGUGAAGCCGCUUCAUCGUGUGUUUUGUACAGCCCGUAGGGAGGAUUACUAGGUGUGUUAAGAUACAGCUUUGAUUCAGAGGAAGCCCGUCUAGGCUUCAUUCUCCGCAAAUGGAGAAUCUGGAUCCGAAUUGAACUGGGCAAGAUUCCUUAGCUUGAUCAUUGGUGGAGAAACGCUGUAGUAUUUGCGAAGUUGCAAUAGAUGCAACACCGGUGAUUGUCUGGCGUAUUUGGUAUGGAAUGCCCGUGAUAUUAUUUCUGCUGUUAUUGCCA